AUCGCUUUGUUUUUUGAUGGUACCAUUUAGCGCCCUGAAUUACAUUAUGUUUUCAAGUGCCAAUUGACGCGAACGCGUAGCUCGUAACUCUAACUUAAUAUUUACAUCACUUGUUGACCGGGUCAAGAGUUAUCACCGCUUGAGGUUAUCAUUAUCGUCCUCUUGUUUUUUAAAGUGUUGUUCUUGUGACGGCAGUUGUAUUUUAGCAACAGAAACAGCUAGACGUGUUAGUUAUCAAAAUGCCGGACGCGUUUGAGUGUGCGUACCCAUUAUCACCACAAGUGAAUCCUCAAGAUAUACGCGCACGCGCUAAUUCUUCAUCGAAGAGUAAGCGGCCAACGGUUACCUUUCUCGCUGGCGAUGAAGCUCUAGAAUUUCCUGAUAAAUCAGAAGCUGGUGUGGACAAGCCUUUUUACAAGGGAGAUGUUGAACUUGAUAGUAUCGCAGUGUCGUUUUCUGAAAUGCAUUCAACUUGGCUUGAUAAAAGAAAUCUUGAGCACAGAAUCUUUGUAAACAGAUCGCUACAUUUGGAAAAUGUCCAGUUCUAUGGGUUUGAUAUGGACUACACACUGGCUGAGUACAAAUCGCCACAGUAUGAAAAUUUAGGAUUUAAUUUAACCAAAGAGAGAUUAGUGUCCAAGGGAUAUCCACAAGAAAUAUUAGAAUUUGAAUAUGAUCCCUCAUUCCCAGUUCGAGGUCUGUGGUUCGACACCUUGUAUGGAAACCUAUUGAAAGUAGACGCCUAUGGUAAUAUUUUAGUAUGCGUACAUGGAUUCGAAUUCUUAAAACAUUCACAAGUAUACGAAUUAUAUCCAAACAAGUUCUUAACAUUGGAUGAGUCUAGAGUGUAUGUGUUGAACACACUAUUCAACUUGCCAGAAACAUACCUCAUAGCUUGUUUGAUAGAUUUCUUCACAAAUUCUCCUCAAUACACAAGAGAAAAAACUGGCGUAAGAGCCGGAGAUCUUGCAAUGUCAUUCAAAUCAAUCUUCCAAGACGUCAGAAAUGCGGUCGACUACGUUCACAUACACGGGGACUUAAAGAGCAAGACUAUAGAAAAUAUGGAUUUGUAUUUGAAGAAAGACGACAGGCUGCCCAUGUUCCUCUCGAGGAUACGGGACAGCGGCGCCAAGAUCUUCAUAUUGACCAACAGCGACUACAAUUUCACUGACCAAAUCAUGAACUACCUAUUCGAUUUUCCAUAUGGCGCUAAGCCUGGUGAGCCCCACAGGAACUGGAGGACUUACUUCGACUGGAUCGUGGUAGACGCGAAGAAGCCGUUGUUCUUCGGCGAGGGAACAACACUCAGGCAGGUCGACACUCAGACCGGCGCGCUCAAGAUGGGCCACCACGUCGGCCCGCUGCACGAAGGACUUGUGUAUUCUGGAGGUUCCUGCGACGUAUUCACUGAAUUGAUCAGUGCUAAGGGUAAAGAUGUUCUAUACAUCGGUGACCACAUAUUCGGUGAUAUUCUCAAGUCCAAGAAGAUCGGAGGCUGGCGCACCUUCCUCAUCGUACCUGAAUUAGUUCAAGAGCUACACGUGUGGACCGACAAAUGUCAGUUGUUUGCUCAGCUACAGAACCUUGAUGUGCAACUAGGCGAUAUGUACAAAGACUUAGAUUCAAGUACAAAGGAGAAGCCCGAUAUCUCUAAGCUGCGCAUGUCCAUCCGUGACGUCACACACAAGAUGGACCUCGCCUACGGUAUGCUGGGGUCGCUGUUCCGCUCCGGAUCUAGGCAGACUUUCUUCUCGUCACAGGUUGUAAGGUACGCCGACUUGUACGCGGCUUCGUUCCUGAACUUGAUGUACUACCCGUUCUGCUACAUGUUCCGCGCCCCGGCGAUGCUUAUGCCCCACGAGUCUACGGUGGCACACGAACAGAGGUUCACCGUAGACGCGCCCACUAUCGACAGAUCUAGACAAACGAGCGCGCCGCGUCAGCCCAGUUUCAGCCUGCAGCUCGGCCUCAACGAGGACAGCUCGGAUGACGCGCCCAGCCAUACUGACAAUCCCGACACUAAGCAUCAAGUCCCGCACGUCCGUCCCGAGACCCCGCGCCAGCUCACGCACACGCACGACGAGGACUGCUCGGACGACGAGGACGUCGGCAAGACGGCGACAAACGCGAACGUCAAAUAAACACUCUCAAUGUUCUACGUCUUCUCAUGAUUGUUUACAUCAGUCACCGCCAGCGUGACCUCAACACAGUACAUCCAGUACAGUACCAAACUCCAACAGGACGUGGAAAUUUAUCUAUACGGGAUCAUCACGAACAGAGCCCCUAAUUAUGACUCACGUCACAAACGUCCUCGUGUACUCGUACGAGAUGAGACUCAACGUAAACAUUGAAGUAUUAACAUCGGCGCGUCCAAUAUUUCACACUUAUCCACUUAUUGCGAGAUUCAAUUCGUUAUCUGUAAGUAUCAUAUGCAGUUCCGAGUCAUGCGGUUGAAAGAGGCUUUGUUAAUAUAGGCAGAUAUGCGUUUUAUACAUGUUUAUGUUGAAUAAUUGUUUAUUAUUUUAGAUGUUUUUAUAUUACUUUAUAAUAAAUGUGAUUAAUAUACAAUGA